AAGAUAACUUGAAUCACAGCUCCACCGGACUUUAUUAAAAAUUUUGGCAUCAGGUCCGUUCAGAAAUCAGAACAUCUCAAAUCUGAGGCAAAGAAUGUCGGCAAUGUUCAUCAGAGCAGAAAACGUCGUCGUUUCCGAUAACUAAGUCACAUUCUCUCUCUCUCUCUCUCUCUCUCCAAUGAGGCCGCACAAGCAAGUACCCUCCGUUAACCGGAGACCCACCGUUCUGUAUCUGGUGUGUGCGGCUGCAUUCUUCUCCCUGUUCCUCUUCUACCUCCAAUCCUCUUUCUUCGCAGGCUCUCUCUAUUCGGAUCGCAACUCCGAAACAAUCCGCGUCUUGUCUAACUUCCAGUCCACUGUUCAGCACUGUGUUGAUAACAGGGGGCUUGGACUCACUGCACAUGUUGUUGAUCAUUGCAAAUUGAUCCUUAAAUACCCCAAAGAUACCAACAGCACUUGGCUCGUUCUUAAUCCAGAAAGGGCCGUGCUUAAACCAGAAUGGCCCGUUCUGAAACCAGAAUGGCCCGUCACUACUAGAAAGUGA